GCAACAGUCAGUGCAAGAGUCACAUGGAUGGUAAAGGGGUAAAAAUCGAAGAGCCCACAAGUAACAAAGCCGCUGCGACCGAAGGAGUAGGAAAAUCAACCGCACAGAAGUCCACAGCUGUGAAAAUGUCCGGAAGUGGAAACUUAGAGCCGUUUGAUCUGAGCCAGCUUAAUAAGUGGUCAACUUACAUGGAGCGCUUCAAUUUAUUUCUACUUGCCAAUGAUGUGCAAGAGGAAGGGCGUAAAAAGGCAGUUUUUCUUACGUUAGCCGGACCUCCUUUAUAUGACCUCUUAGCUUCACUGGCAUCUCCUAGACAGAAACGUGUUCAACAUCCGGACGAGUCUCUCAGCAAUUACAUUGCGGCUUUACGCAUUCUGGCUGUUGAUUGCAAAUUUGGAGAGGCACUCGAUCGCAAGCUGCGUGACCGGUUCCUAUGCGGAAUGAAAGACGAAGGAUUGUAAAAAAUUCUGCUGGCUG